AUGGAAACCUCUCUCCACGACCAAGUGCGAUCUCUCCUUGCCACCUUGGCAGAGAAAUGUUCUGGCGGUGGUGGAUUUGGUUCCAUGUCCUCGUCAAUAUACGAUACUGCCUGGGUUUCAAUGGUACAGAACCCAAAGCCAGGCACCGUGGACCCGUGGUUGUUUCCAGAAUGCUUUGACUUCAUCCUAACUUGCCAGUUACCCUCUGGAGCAUGGGAGUCUUACUCCUCGCCCGUUGAUGGUAUACUUAACACAGCUGCAUCUCUUCUAGCUCUGAAGAAGCACCUGAAGACAUGCCCCGAUCGAUUGGACUGGGAGCUCAGAAGCCAGAAGGCCGAGGCGGCCUUGAGGCAUAUGCUAGAUGACUUGGACACUGGUGAUAGCGACCAGGUCGGCUUCGAGAUGAUAAUCAUCCAACACCUGUCUCUACUUGAAGAAGAGGGCGUCAAGUUAGACUCUCCACAGCUGAUCUCCCUACGCGCUUUGCGAGAAGCAAAAUUAGCGAAACUGCCGCCAGAGUCUGUCUAUCAAAGUCCCUCUACUUUGUACCACUCACUGGAAGCACUGAUUGGGCAUAUCGACUUUGAUCAGGUGCGGUGCUGGAGAGAUACCAAUGGCUCUCUCAUGGGAUCUCCGGCAUCCACAGCUGCAUACUUGAUGCAUAGUUCUACUUGGGAUGACCAGGCUGAAGCCUACCUACGAAAUGUCUUGCGACAAGGAGCCGGACAUGGCGAUGGGAGUGUCCCGUCUGCGUGGCCAUCGAGUGUUUUCGAAAUCAGUUGGACUAUUACUACCUUGGUACGAGCUGGGAUUGAACCCGAGGAGGAGACAGUCGCUGCAAUGAGGAAGUUUCUCCAAGAGACUCUAAAUGCCCAUGGGGGUACCCUUGGCUUCUAUCCAGGCUGUUUCCCUGACGCGGACGACACAGCCAAGGGUAUCGAAGCCAUCCGUCUACUAGGAAGGACUACUGUGGUUGACGCGCUGACCAUGAUGUUUGAAGCUGAUGACCACUUCAAGACGUAUCCAGGCGAGCGCAACCCGAGUCUCAGUGCUAAUUGCAACGUCCUCAUUGCUCUCCUGGUGCAGGAUGACCCAGCGCUCCACAUGUCGCAAAUCGCGAAAGCUGCCAGCUAUGUAACGUCACAGGUGUUCAGUGGACCUGUCAACGAGAAGUGGCACAUCAAAGAGCUCUACUGGAUGAUGCUCCUGUCCCAGGCGUACGCGGUGCUCUACCAGCAGAGCAGGAUCUGGCCGACGAUCCACACAGUGGUGCCCAGCUUGAAGGAGGAUAUUCCCCUAGUGACUCUCCACCUUCUUAUCAAUAUCUUGUAUCAUCAGCAGAAGUCUGGCGGUUGGGAAAGCGGUUGCGAAGUCACAUCGUACGCUGUGUUGGCGUUGUCAUCACUUUCGACCCUGCCCUGGAUCCGAAAGCUCGAUGCUGGCUUUAUAUCCACCGCGAUGACAAGGGGGAUAUCGUUUCUUCUAUCCCGACGAUGUGAAUGGACCAAAGGCAAAUACAUCUGGGUCGAAAAAGUGACCUAUGCCUCAAAUACGCUGGCUGAAGCUUACUGCCUAGCCGCGGCUCUGGUUCCUCUCCCGGCAAUCCCAGCAAAACAGAUCCCUCCUUCCCAUGGGCUUGAUUUACCGGACGAGCUGAUCCGCGGAAUGAGGAAAGUAGGCGAUCUCCUAGCCCAGACGCCGCUAUUCGCCUACACAGAACCCCACGUUCUCCGUAUCGCAGAGAUGCAGGCAAGCUACGCUUUCUGCGCGCUCCGGCGCCAACCACUGGAAGUCUUCACGCGCACGGCCAAGGGAAAGGACAAGUACAUGUCACUCAUACCAUUGGCACUCACGGCAUGUUCUGCAGUUCAAGAGGCCCCUGUCAGCUUCUCAAUUCUCUACCAGAUGAUGCAGCUGUCCAUUCUGAACUUUCAUGCCGACGAGUAUAUGGAAGGCGUAGUGGAAAAGCUAUUAGGGGAUGACCUUGAUGCGGUCAAGCCUCUCAUCGGGCAGCUUUUCGCGGAUCUCGUAUCUACGCGACAGGCAUACAAGACCAACGCCAAAAAGCAAAACGCUGCUGUCCAGAACCAUGCAGCUCCACUGGAUCCGAAUGGAAAGAAGCUGGCGCCUUUGGACGAAUUUCGCGACGAUGGGCUGGAACAACCGACUUCACUUGAGCACUGCAGGAUGAUACUGAACGACUUCGUUGACCAUAUCCUGCACAACUCCGCCGUGCUAUCGUGCCCUCAUAGUUUCCAGACACGACUGGCGUUCGAGCUGAAGACCUUCCUUCUGGCACAUGUCUCCCACGCGGAGGACAAUCGUCGCUUCGGCCGCCAGGAUGAGGCUUCUACUGGUCACUAUGGCAGCAACAGUCAGAGCAAUGGCAGUGGCACUGGCAGUACCAAUGGUCAACGCACGCCAGAACUGUCAACUCCAGCUCGGCAGUUCCAGGACCCAGGACGAACUUUCUACCACUGGGUGCGCAGCACCUCAGCCGACCACACUUCCUGCCCAUUCUCCUUCGUGUUUUUCAACUGCCUGGUCAAGGAACAAGCGCGACCUGGGGACCCUGACAUUUCAACGUCAGCUCGGACUGCCUACCUAUCCGAGGAUCUCUGUAGACAUCUGGCGAGCCUGUGCCGAAUGUACAACGACUAUGGAUCGCUGGCGCGAGACGCCGAGGAGCGCAACCUUAACUCGGUCAACUUUCCCGAGUUCCAUUCCGUCCCAGCACUAACCAGGGGAAAGGAAGUCAUCGACGCGCAGUCCGCUGAGACAAAGGCCAAGUCGGAGCUACUAUGGAUCGCAGAGUAUGAGCGGCGGGGCCUAGAGACGGCUUUGGAGCUGUUCGGACAGGAGCUGGGCACUCGAGGGCAACACCUAUUCGAUGCGUUGAAGCUGUUCGUCAACGUCACAGACUUGUACGGCCAGGUAUAUGUGCUGAGAGACGUCGGGACGCGUACUAAGUAG